CCCGCCCCUGGGCGCGGCCUGCAGGGGGCAGGCUGUCGCUCGGGAAAGCGGGGGCAGUCCGAGGCCCCAGCAGGUGCGCCCAGCAGCAGCCCGCAAGUCGCAGGGACCCCUCGCCUCACCUCCGCCGGGUGCGCUCUCCUCGGUUCGCGAACACCGCGCCGCGCGCCGCCGCUGACAUGUGUGCCGCCCCGAUGCCGUCCCUGGCGCACAUCUUCCGAGGGACAUUCAUCCACUCCACCUGGACUUGCCCCAUGGAGGUGCUGCGGGAUCACCUCCUCGGCGUGAGCGACAGCGGCAAAAUAGUGUUUUUAGAAGAAGCAUCCCAACAAGAAAAGCUGGCCAAAGAAUGGUGCUUCAAGCCGUGUGAAAUAAGAGAACUAAGCAACCAUGAGUUCUUCAUGCCUGGGCUGGUUGAUACACACAUCCACGCCCCUCAGUAUUCUUUUGCUGGGAGUAAUGUGGACCUGCCGCUUUUGGACUGGCUGACCAUGUACACAUUUCCUACAGAACUCAAAUUCCAGAACAUCGACUUUGCUGAAGAAGUAUAUACCAGGGUUGUCAGGAGAACACUAAAGAAUGGAACAACAACAGCUUGUUACUUUGGAACAAUUCACACUGACUCAUCUCUGCUCCUUGCAGAAAUUACAGAUAAAUUUGGGCAGCGUGCAUUUGUGGGCAAAGUCUGCAUGGAUAUGAAUACCACUGUUCCAGAAUACAAGGAAACCACUGAGGAAUCAGUCAAGGAAACAGAGAGAUUUGUGUCAAGAAUGCUCCAAAAGAACUAUUCUAGAGUUAAGCCCAUAGUGACACCACGGUUUUCCCUUUCCUGCUCUGACACUUUGUUGGGUAAACUGGGAAACAUGGCGAAGACCCAUAAUUUGCAUAUUCAGAGCCAUAUAAGUGAAACUGUCAAUGAAGUUGAAGCUGUGAAGAACUUAUUUCCCGAGUAUAAAAACUACACAGAUGUGUAUGAUAGAAACAAUCUUCUGACAAAUAAGACAGUGAUGGCGCAUGGGUGCUACCUUUCCACAGAAGAGCUGCAGGUGUUCAAGGAGCGAGGAGCAGCGAUCUCGCAUUGCCCCAAUUCUAACUUAUCGCUCAGCAGCGGCUUUCUCAAUGUGCUAGAAGUCCUGAAACAUGAAGUGAAAAUAGGGCUGGGUACAGAUGUGGCUGGUGGUUAUUCAGCUUCCAUGCUUGAUGCAAUCAGAAGAGCGGUGAUGGUUUCCAAUAUCCUUUUAAUUAAUAAGAUCAACGAGAAAAGCCUCACUCUCAAAGAGGUCUUCAGACUAGCUACUCUUGGAGGCAGCCAAGCCCUGGGGCUGGAUAAAGAGAUUGGAAACUUUGAAGUGGGCAAGGAAUUCGAUGCCCUUCUGAUCAACCCCAAAGCAUCUGACUCUCCCAUUGACUUGUUUUCUGGGGAUUUGGUUGGUGAUACGUCUGAAGCUGUCAUCCAGAAGUUCCUCUACCUAGGAGAUGACCGAAAUAUUGAGGAGGUUUAUGUGGGUGGAAAGCAGGUGGUCCCCUUUUCAAGCUCAGUGUAAGACCUUCGGCCUCUACGAGUUCUCCUGGGAUCACGUGGUUCUGCGUCUCCCUUAUGCCCAGGCCAAGUUAGAAAGUCCAAAAAUAGUAUCUUGUUCUUGGGAUGACUAUCUCUUUCUGUGUCUAGUUACAGUAUUCACUUGACAAAUCGUUUGAAGGAAGUCACGCUAAUUCCCAACUCUCUGGUUGGGAGGAUUCAAAAUUUCUCCCUUUUGAGCUGUUUGGAUUUACUUUAAGCUCAAACAUAAGGGAAUGUUAUUCCUGGUGGUGUUCUUAUUAUGAGAUUUAAGUCAAAUCAAUUUCAUACUUGGAAAUGUGGAGAGAAAAGAUAUUCCUGUACAGCUAGAUAUUUUGAGCUAAUAAAUGUGAAAUUCAGAAAAUGGAAGAUGAACCAGUGAAUAUAUUUUUAUGAGGGAGAAAAAGUUAGACUAUGAACACACAUUGGAAAAUCACUUCAGAUUAUCUUUGAAAAUUAGGUACUGAGCAUAUUAAUUUCAGAAGAGAACUUGUUGAAUUUCAAAAUGUGUUUCUAGAUUGACCUUGUGUUCUGGAAAUUUGCGCUUAAUGGAAUUUGCAUUUCAGAGACGUGUUAUUAUUGUGCUUUGCUUUCUUUGGGGAUGAAAUGUCAGAAAUUGAAUGCUACAUGCUUUCUUAAUAUAGUUCUGUGCUUCAAAGUGUUUGACAGAGGUUGGGUGUUAAAGAUUUAAAGUCUCUUAGGAAUAUUAUUCACAUAACUAC